CGUCCGCUCACGGCUAGAGUGUUGCUAAAGGCUUCUGCACCAUAUCGGGCAGACAGGAACACUAACACAAGCAAAAGCUGGCAGGCUGACACGAACGGACAGCUUUACAGGACGGAUUAUCUGGUAACUGACCAUUUAGCUGUGGCACACUCGGACUCCGUGUAAAAGUGGGAUUUCGACCAUGAGCUCUGUCGCCGUACUUACGCAGGAAAGCUUCAAUGAGCACCGCAGUGGCCUCUUGCCUGAGCAAGCUGGUGCUGCCUCAGCUGGGCCGAGCAGUGCAGGUGACGAAGACGUACUGCCGACAUACAAGGAUGCAUUCCCCCCUCUGCCUGAAAAGUCAGCUUCACCCGAGGGAGUGCAGGAAUCGGCCAACGCCUGGACCUCCAAGAUCCGGCCUCUUAAGUCGUCUGUCAUCACCCAGGUUUUCCAUGUGCCUCUGGAGGAGCGAAAGUACAAGGACAUCAACCAGUUUGGGGAAGGCGACCAGGCCAAGAUCUGCGUUGACAUCAUGCAUAAGACCGGGGCCCAUUUGGAACUCUCCAUGGCCAAGGACCAGGGCCUUUCCAUCAUGGUGUCUGGGAAGCUGGAUGCAGUCAUGAAGGCUCGCAAGGAGAUUGUAUCCCGACUGCAGACUCAGGCCUCUGCCACUGUGGCCAUCCCCAAGGAACACCAUCGCUUUGUCAUCGGCAAGAACGGGGAGAAGCUGCAGGAGCUGGAGCUGAAGACGGCCACCAAGAUCCAAAUCCCACGGCCUGAUGACCCCAGCAACAACAUCAAGAUCUCUGGCACCAAGGAGGGACUAGAAAAGGCCAAGCACGAGAUCCUGCUCAUCUCUGCGGAGCAGGACAAGCGUGCAGUGGAGCGGGUGAACAUUGACAAGGUGUACCACCCAUUCAUCACCGGGGCCUUCAACAAGGUGGUGGGAGAGAUGAUGCAGGAGACAGGCGCACGCAUCAAUGUCCCGCCGCCCAGUGUCAACAAGACAGAGAUCGUCAUUACUGGGGAGAAAGAGCAGGUGGCCCUGGCCGUGAAUAUGAUCAAGAAGAUUUAUGAAGAGAAGAAGAAGAACGCCACUACCAUUGCGGUGGAGGUUAAGAAAUCUCAGCACAAGUAUGUGAUCGGCCCCAAGGGAAAUACCCUGCAGGAGAUCUUGGAGAAGACGGGCGUCUCGGUCGAGAUCCCACCCCCUGACAGCAGCUCUGAAACCGUCAUCCUCCGUGGAGAACCAGACAGGCUGGGCCAGGCACUCACUGAGGUUUAUGCCAAGGCCAACAGCUAUACUGUGUCCUCCGUGUCUGCUCCAUCCUGGCUUCACCGCUUCAUCAUUGGCAAGAAGGGGCAGAAUCUGGCAAAAAUCACCCAGCAAAUGCCCAAGGUGCACAUUGAGUUCACUGAGGGGGAGGAUAAAAUCACCCUGGAGGGACCCACCAAGGACAUGCAGUUGGUGCAGAGCCAGAUUGAAGCCAUUGUCACAGACCUGGUUAGCCGAAUGGAUUAUACCGAGAUCAGUGUAGAUCCCAAGUUCCACAGACACCUGAUUGGGAAAGGCGGUGCCAACAUUAACCGCAUUAAAGACCAGCACAAGGUGUCAGUCCGCAUUCCCCCCGAUCACGAGAAGAGCAACCUGAUCCGUAUCGAGGGGGACCCCCAGGGUGUGCAAGAAGCCAAGAAGGAACUGCUGGAGCUGGCGUCACGCAUGGAGAACGAGCGUACAAAGGACAUGAUUAUUGAACAGCGUUUUCACCGAGCCAUUAUUGGGCAGAAGGGGGAGAAGAUUAAGGAAGUCCGGGACAAGUUCCCCGAGGUCAUCAUUAACUUCCCUGACCCAGCACAGAAGAGCGACAUUGUCCAGCUUCGUGGGCCCCGGACUGAAGUGGAGAAAUGUUCAAAAUUCAUGCAGAAGAUGGUGGCUGAAAUGGUGGAGAACAGCUAUUCCGUUUCAGUCCCCAUCUUCAAACAGUUCCACAAGAACAUAAUUGGAAAAGGAGGAGCAAAUAUCAAGAAAAUUCGUGAGGAGACGAACACUAAGAUUGACCUGCCUGCAGAAAAUAGUAAUUCUGAGAUGAUAGUCAUAACUGGGAAGAAGGCCAACUGUGAUGCUGCAAGGAACCGCAUCUUGGCCAUUCAGAAAGAGUUGGCGAACAUCACUGAGAUGGAGGUGUCCAUUCCCUCCAAGCUGCACAACUCCCUGAUUGGCUCCAAGGGCCGAUUUGUGCGCUCCAUCAUGGAGGAGUGUGGCGGUGUGCACAUCCACUUCCCCACCGAAGGCUCCGGUAUCGACAUGGUGACAAUCCGUGGACCAGCAGAAGACGUUGAGAAAGCCCGUCGCCAGCUGCUUUCACUGGCCGAGGAGAAGCAAACCAAGAGCCACACUGUGGAGCUGCGAGCCAAGCCGGAAUACCACAAGUUCCUUAUCGGAAAGGGUGGCGGCAACAUCAGGAAGGUGCGAGACAGCACUGGCGCGAGGAUCAUCUUCCCCACGGCAGAGGACAAGGACCAGGAGCUCAUCACAGUGGUGGGCACAGAGGACGCUGUGCGGGAGGCCCAGAAGGAGUUGGAAGAGCUCAUCAAGAGCCUGGAUAACAUCGUGGAGGACUUCAUGAUUGUGGACCCUAAGCACCACCGCUAUUUUGUGGCCCGCCGUGGCCAGGUGCUGAGGGACAUCGCUGAUGAGUAUGGCGGUGUGAUGGUGAGCUUCCCUCGCACCGGAUCGCAGAGCGAUAAGGUCACUCUGAAGGGGGCCAAAGACUGCGUGGAAGCCGCCAAGAAGCGAAUGCAGGAGAUCAUCGAGGACCUGGAUGCUCAGGAGACUAUGGAGUGUGUAAUUCCUCAGAAGUUCCACCGAUCCAUCAUGGGUCCCAAAGGGUCUCGGAUCCAGCAGAUCACCCGAGAUCACAAUGUACAGAUAAAGUUCCCUGAGCGGGAGGACCCCCAAGCACCCCCUGUGGAGGCCCCUGUCCAGGAGAAUGGAGAAGCAGAUGGGGAUGUCAAGGAACCGCUGGACCCCACUGUCCCAAAAAAGUGCGACGUGAUUGUGGUCUCCGGGCGCAAGGAAAGGUGUGAAGCUGCCAUCGAGGCUCUCAAGGCUUUGGUUCCUGUGACUAUAGAGGUGGAAGUGCCGUUUGAGCUUCACCGCUACAUUAUUGGCCAGAAGGGAGUUGGAAUUCGGAAGAUGAUGGAUGAGUAUGAGGUUAAUAUUCAAGUGCCUGCUCCUGAGCUGCAGUCGGAUGUCAUUUUCAUCACUGGCUUGGCCAAUCACCUGGACCGCGCCAAAGAAGGCCUCCUGGAGCGUGUCAAAGAGCUGCAGGCUGAGCAGGAGGACCGUGCUCUCAGGAGCUUUAAGCUGACCAUCACUGUGGACCCCAAGUAUCACCCCAAGAUCAUUGGGCGCAAGGGCGCCAUUAUCACCCAGAUCCGCAACGAACACGAUGUCAAUAUCCAGUUCCCCGAGAAGAACGAUGAAAAUCAGGACCAAAUCACCAUCACUGGGUAUGAGCAAAACACCACAGCUGCCCGGGAUGCCAUCCAAGCCAUUGUGGAUGAGCUGGAGGAGAUGAUCUCCGAGGACAUCACCCUUGACAGCAGAGUCCAUGCCCGCAUCAUCGGGGCUCGUGGCAAGGGCAUCCGCAAGAUCAUGGACGAGUUCAAGGUUGAUUUGAGAUUCCCCCAGAGCGGUGCUGCAGACCCCAACCUUGUGACUGUGACAGGGCGUCCUGAGCUUGUGGAUGAAGCUAUUGAUCACCUCUUGAACCUGGAAGAGGAAUAUAUGGCAGACGUCGUUGAAAAUGAGUCCAAGCAGGCCUACAUGAAGCCUCGUGGUGGGGCGGCUGCAAUGGAGGAGCCCCGAGGUCCUUCCAAGGGCUUUGUGGUGCGAGAGGCACCUUGGACCACUGGCAGUGAGAAGGCCCCUGAUAUGAGCAGCUCUGAAGACUUCCCCAGUUUUGGAGCCCCUGUAGCUGCCAAGGCCUCCCCAUGGGGCCCCAAGCGUUUCUAAGCAUGCUGCUAAAGAUGGGCAUUCAUACCUCCCUACCUUACCCUUUUCACUUCUCCAACCCAUGCUGGCCACUGAUGCUGAUGCCCAACCCCCGCCCCCCUUAGGUUCUGCUGUAAACCAUCAGUUGUAGCUAAGGGAACCAUUUAUAACCCCACCCCACUCCCCAGGAAGUUUAAGUGGUCUUGAAUGAGAGCCUUGUUGAACGGUUUAAUUGGUCCACAUUUCAAUUCUUUUGUGAAAAUAUGGCUUUUUAGUACUGGAAAUAUUUCAUACUUUGCUUUCUAUCUAGGAUAGGUGGUCUGCCUUUUGUGACCUGAAGUUUGAAAUGCUUUCAGGAAACUGCUGUGUAUUUGGCUCAAUUCAGAAAUGUUUUUUUUUUUUUUUUUUUUUUUUUCUUUUUUCUUUUUUUUUGGCAAGACACUGCCCUCUUUGUGUCUGACCAGGAUAUUGCUAGGUUGUUGGGAGGAGGUCCAUAUCAGGUAGAAAUGGUGAUGUUACAUCAGUGUUGUCAGACUUCCUUUAUCGUGAUUUGAAAUUGUGCUGUGUUUUACAAUGGUAAAACUGCUUUUUAAUCCAAAGCUGGUGUUGAGAGGAUUGAACAAAACUGUCAGGGUUGAAUGAACAGCCCCUCUGAGUUGCCUUGGAAACAGAUUGCGUUACCUCUGAUAUGAGAAGAAACUUGGCCUUCAUUUUCCAUUUUUUGUGAUCAAAGUAAAUUUGACCAGCUUUUUCAGCAAGUCCUACUGUAGCCAUAGAAUCUGCAGCCAUUCAGAAGUUUACAGAGCUGGGGUAUUUGACUUUUACUAGUCUUCCUCUGGCACACUGUCUUAAAAGUAGAUCUUAGAUUUGUGAAUGGGCAAGAUGGUGCAAUCUGUUCUAUGCAGCUUUAGGUUCCAAAAAAGGUUUAGAAGCUGAACUUGUCAUACACUACAGGACAGCAUUUCAAAGUAUUAUGCUUUGAAGCUUUAACUUCAUCUCUGAUGCUAGAGACCCACAGCAAGGGGCCAAUUGCACCAGUUAAUAAGUUUAGACUAGUAGGUCAAACUUACGAACAGUGGCUUUGCUUCACUUCAGUUAAUUUGUCUUAAUUCAAAAACUUCUGCUAAGGUUGGGUGGAAAUUGGCCCCAGAGUAUCUCCUCUACACUAGCUUCACAAAUGCCUUGAUGUUUGUUUCAGCUCCAAAAACUCUUUGGUUUGCUCAUUUGCUCCCAAUUGUCCAGUUUAUGCCAGUGAGCAGCCUAGUGAUGUCAUGCACCUCUCACCCUUGCUACUGGGUCAGUGUCCACUCCUUUUUCUUGUCUUCCAGUUCCAGGGCAGAUUCUUCUGUUUCCAUGGCAACAGCCCUCUUAUCAGCCUUAAAACAAGAUUAUGCAAAAACCUUACAAAAAAGUGAAAUUAUAUGGAUAACACUGGAAUUUUAAAUGUCCAACAAUAAAAUGGGAUAAAAAUG